ACUGCGAUCGCCAUCUCUCUCUCUGUUCCGCUCGACGGUUCCUCGGUCCUCCUCAUCAUCAUCUUCAUCUUCAUCUUCAUCGUCUUCUGCUUCCUCCUUUUUGAUUUUUCUUAUCUGAGACUGAUAUAUACAUUCACUAGAUCUUGUAAAGUUCCCUCCUUUCUUCACUUGUGGUUGUGGACUUUGGCCUCCGGGAUGCUGUCCGCAAAGUCAACCUCUUUCUUCCCCGCCAUCGCCCCGCAGCUCGAUGCCGGCAGGAGCAGCAGGACUCGCUUGGUCAACCUUGGCAGCUGCCGGCGAUCGAUCGCCAGCCGGACGGUCCGCGCGGUGAUCAGCAGCGACGACAAGAGCGUCGGCACGCUCCCGUCGCAGCCGGCGGCCGUCGGCGUUGCUCUGAGGGCCGCGGCGCCGCCGGGGGACUCGAUCGACGUCAGGGUGGUGCUCACGGUGAGGAACAGGAUCAAGGAGAAGCUGGUGAGCAAGAUUGGGGACCAGUUGGAGUACUUCGUCAAUGGGAUCGGACAGGGCAUCACUGUCCAGCUCGUCAGCGAGGAGAUCGAUCCCGAUUCUGAAUCAGGAAAAAGGAGUGCAGAGGUUGCUGUAAGGGGUUUUCUGCCAAGAUCAUCAAACCAUCCAUCACUUGUUGAGUAUGCAGCCAAUUUCACUGUGCCGUCUGGUUUUGGUCGCCCGGGAGCCAUUUGCAUCACCAACCUCCACAGAAAGGAGUUCUACCUGGUGGAGAUUGUUGUUCAUGGUUUGAAUGACGGACCAUUUUUCUUCCCUGCAAAUACAUGGAUCCACACUCGCAAUGAUAAUCCUCAGAGCCGGAUAAUAUUCAGCAAUCAGGCAUAUUUACCAUCACAAACCCCAGAUGGUUUAAAGAACAUCAGACAGGACAUCUUACUCGGUCUGCGUGGCAAUGGCAAAGGCGAGAGAAAGAAAUUUGAAAUGAUAUAUGACUAUGCUCUGUAUAAUGACUUGGGCAAUCCUGAUAAGGAUCCAGAUGUUGCUAGACCAGUCCUAGGUGGUUCAAAAAGGCCAUAUCCCAGACGCUGUCGCACGGGUAGACCACCAACAAAAUCAGAUCUAAGUGCUGAGAGUAGAGUAGAGAAACCUCAUUCUGUGUAUGUUCCGCGUGAUGAAACUUUUGAGGAAAUCAAGCAAAAUACAUUUUCUGCUGGAGCUCUGAAAGCAUUGUUUCACAAUCUGAUACCAGCUUUGAUGGCUGCACUAUCUAGUUCAGAUAGCCAAUUCGAGUGCUUUUCUGAUAUCGACAGGCUAUACAAAGAUGGUUUGCUUAUAAAGAGCGAGGAGCAAAAACUUACUCAGAAACUUUUACUUCCUACGGUUCUCGGCAACUUGUUGAGCAUGGGUGAAAAACUGAUGAAAUAUGACAUACCAUCAAUCAUAUCAAGAGACAGAUUUUCUUGGUUGAGGGACAAUGAAUUUGCUCGGCAGACACUAGCUGGUGUUAAUCCUGUAGAUAUUCAAAGAUUAAGGGAAUUUCCAAUACGUAGUAAGCUAGAUCCUGAAACCUAUGGAUCACCAGAGUCUGCAAUAACUAAAGAAUGCCUGGAGCAUGAACUAAAUGGAAUGAGCCUUCAGGAGGCAAUGGAUAAUGACAGACUAUUUAUAAUAGAUUACCAUGACAUCCUUUUGCCAUAUGUUAAGAAGAUCAAUUCCUUGAAAGAAAGGAAAAUGUAUGCUUCAAGGACAGUUUUGUUCUACACACGUAGUGGCAUACUCAGACCAAUUGCAAUUGAGCUUAGCCUGCCAUCUACUCCAUCAGCUUCAAGGAAAAGGGUAUACACUCAUGGGCAUGAUGCGACAACAAACUGGAUUUGGAAAUUAGCCAAAGCUCAUGCCUGCGCAAAUGAUGCUGGUGUCCAUCAGCUAGUGAACCACUGGUUGAGGACACAUGCUGCCAUGGAGCCCUACAUCAUUGCUACUCAUAGACAGCUUAGUUCGAUGCACCCAAUUUUCAUGCUGUUGCAUCCUCACAUGCGGUACACACUGGAAAUAAAUGCGUUGGCUCGCCAAAGUCUGAUCAAUGGUGGAGGAAUCAUCGAAAACUGUUUCAGUCCCGGGAAGUACUCCAUGGAGCUGAGUUCGGCUGCAUACAAGAGUCUCUGGCGGUUUGACAUGGAAGCUCUUCCAGCUGACCUUAUUCGGAGAGGCAUGGCUAUUGAGGAUCCUUCGAUGCCUUGUGGAGUAAAGUUGGUCAUCGAGGACUAUCCUUAUGCUGCGGACGGUCUCCUUGUAUGGUCGGCAAUUGAAGACUGGGUCAAGGAUUAUGUCACCCACUACUAUUCAGAUGACAGUAGUGUGACUUCAGAUGUAGAGCUCCAAGCAUGGUGGGAUGAGAUAAAGAACAAAGGUCACCCUGACAAAAGAAAUGAACCAUGGUGGCCUAACCUGAACACCAAGGAAGACUUGAUCCACAUACUGACUAUAAUUGUGUGGACUGCAUCCGGACAACAUGCAGCAAUAAACUUUGGCCAAUACCCUUUCGGAGGUUACAUGCCAAAUCGACCUACGCUGAUGAAGAAGCUCAUUCCUCAAGAGGACGAACCAGAGUACGAGAAGUUCCUUCUAAAUCCUCAGUACAUGUUCCUAUCGGCUCUGCCAUCACAGCUGCAAGCCACUCAAAUAAUGGCGGUUCAGGAUACGUUAUCAACACACUCCCCAGAUGAGGAGUACCUCGGUCAGGUGAUCGAGUCACAUGCACAUUGGACGAACAACAGGCAUAUCGCGAGCUGCUUUGAGAAGUUCUCUGCGAGGCUGGAAGAGAUCGAGGAGAUCAUAAAUAGAAGGAACAAGAACUUUUAUCUGAAGAACAGGAGCGGCGCAGGUGUUCCACCAUAUGAACUUCUUCUUCCCUUAUCUGGCCCAGGAGUGACAGGGCGAGGGAUCCCAAACAGCAUAUCAAUAUGAUGUGAUGAACUACUUCACGAGAUUAUUCUUCGUAGGACAAUGGAUCUUUCUCAGAGCUACCUGAUGUGUGUUGCUUAUACUAGUUUGUUGAAUGCCUGUGAAGUAAAAGAGGAGAGAUGAGAGAUUGCUUUUGUUCAACCUAUUUGUACGUAUAUUGUUCAUGUUAUGGCAAAACAUCCGCACUGUUCCAGUUGGGAUGAACUAAAAUUGUUCCUUGGUUUUGCACUCUUUUGUGUCAAUCUAUGUGCCAUUUCUCAA